AAAAAAAAAAAAAGGUCCGUCCCGGAAAUCUGUUCGACGUUCAUUCCGCUGCCGUAAAGGCUUGUGGUGAAACAACAGUGAAAAGUUCCGCAGGUGUUGUAAAUCAGCUGAGCUUUAGCGGAACAAGACACACGGUGAAAGUUUUACAUUUCUAAGUAUUAGGUCUUUUUAAAGUGGCAACAAAUGUGAGGAGCUAGUGCUGAUAAUGCACUAAAGUCAAGAAAGGAACAGAACUGUACCGGCGUCAACAAGAAGCUCUUGACAGCGGGUGCACGAGGAGGAAACUUCGCUGUUGAGCAGAACAGCCUGUCCUGAUGUGCUAAUAAUGAUGGACGCCGUUCUGAAAUUCGCAAACCAAAGCCAAGGGAGAGACCGUGUAUUCAGAGCUACCCAGUAUGCCUGUGCACUGUCAAUAUAUUUACUACGAAACAAGCCUGAUAGAAAAGACCUGGUGGCCAGACUUAAAAGUUUGGAAAAUAAUAUGAGUGCUGGACGAAAACUGCUCAGGCUAGGAAAUGCAGCCAAUUCCAUUGUGGCUGCUAAACAAACCAUGCAGCUCUCUGACCGCUUGCUGGGCCUGUGCCUCACAGUGGCCAACAUCAACCGGGCACUCUACUUUAUCUGUGAUAAUGCAGUGUGGGCCAAAAAUGUGGGCCUCAUCCGGAGCAUCAACAAGGAACGCUGGAGCAUAAAUGCCUCUCGCUACUACCUCUUCUCAUUAGUGAUGAAUCUGACCCGAGACCUGUAUGUAAUUCUCCAGUUGAUGCAAAAGAAAGGGAGAGAUAACCGCUUCAAAAGCAGAAUGAACCAGCAUCUCAGUGACUGUCCUGAAGUAGCGGAAGCUGUUAUUCCUGAACUGGAUGCCCUUAUUUUCCUGCUUCUGGAGACUCUGAGAUCAGAACCGACUGUUGCCUUGGACACUGUGAAAAACAUCUGCGAUCUCUUCAUUCCUUUGGAUAGGCUGGGCAUUUACAAGUCAAGUGCAGGAGUUGUUGGAUUUUGUGGGCUGAUAUCUUCCCUGAUUGGCAUUUUAACCCUCGCACGACCCACUUUGAGGAUCAAACCCUGAUAAGGAGGGUGGAGUUUGACCAAAGGUUAAAACGGAUCAGUGAUUUAAUUUUAAAUGACACAAGCUAGCAUUAACAGGCAAGGUAAUACAUUUCAGUGAUACUUGUGUUGAGUGGUUUUGUAUCAGAAUCUGAAUUUACGGUAAGGCUUCCUAGCAAUAAUAUAAUUAGAGAUGCAUCAAUCAAGCAUUUCAUGUCAGAUUGCAAUUUUUACUUUUUUUCUGAAGUCUAACCUUCCAAUUGAGAUGUUUUGUUCAUUUCAAAGAAGGUGAAUUCAGGAAUUGCAGGAUAAUUCUUUAACAUAUCAAAUCAUGUCCCUAACCUAUGUGUGAUUUAAUAUCCUCGUAGGAAGUACAAAGUACCUUCUACUGGUUGAUUGCUUACAGAUUAAAAUUUUGUGAAUGCUCAUUGGUGAUGCAUUUAAUGACUAGUAAAAGAAGUUCAGGUUUGAGCGACAGUCAAGGGACAAUUUUCUUUUUCUGACCGACUAACUGGUGGAUCUCUAAUUAUAAUUAACAGCAACCUCCUUCAGGAAAUACUUUCUGAACAACCUAAGAUCAAAGAUUUGACGUUGUUGCACUCCUGUUUUCUACACUACCAGCAGUUUCACACCUGAUAGACUCCCAAGUAAUAUGAAACAAAACUUGUUUAUAUUGCAGGGUUGUUCAUCUGCCUUCAAAAAUGUUUAAUAUUUUUAUUUGUGGAAUUGUUUGAAGAUUACUGGUCAUCUGGCCUUUUUACUAUUUCAUACUUUUGAAAUAUAUUGGGUUUUAUACAUCACCUAACUAUGCAAGAUGUUUUGUCCAGACCAGGUAACAAUUUGUACCCACAUUGGUGACUUGUGAUUAACAAUUUGUACAUAGUGAGAAAAUAGGAUUCUGUGAGAGUAACCAGCAGAAUUUUACUCAGUUAUUUGAUUUGAUCAGAGGUCAUAAACUUUUUUCCUCAAAAAUCAACCACCAGAGAUCACUACCAGAGUUGCAGAAAAUUUAGAAUUAUGCCAACUUUUUAAAAGAUGCUUUAAAAUUUAAGGAAAAGGGAUGAUGAGCUAAUCCAUCUUCAUAUUUGAUCAGGAAUGUUUACCUUCUGAGAGAAGUGAACUAUUGUCCAAGUGUUGACUGGAAUAGUUUGUUUACCGGUACGAAAGGGAAGGAGGAGAUGAAAUAAGGAGUGGGUACAUAAUGGGAGUACAAAUUGGGUGUUAGUUAUUGUUCAGGCCACUGCUUCUGCUGUGCUUAUUGUUUUGUGAUAAAAUGCUGCUAAUCUGAUAUGACUGAAGAGUUAGCGGCUUCUCUGCCAAACGAGGGAAAACACUUAGAUUUGAAUGUGCUACUGAAAGAAUCUGCUGGAGUUCAACAAUAAAUACUGUUGAUGAGGUUAACUCGAAGAAAAGUGAUACAGGAUUAAAAGGAAAAACUAUGCAUGGCCAUUGUAUCUGUUCAAGAAGAGUUUGUUCCAUGCAACAUGUUUCUUGUGUUUAAUCCUUUCAGAAGUAGUUACACUGCCCUCUUUAGGACAAAUGACAACUUGUACAAUUGAAGAGCUUUUUAUUUUCAGUUUCACUCAGACAACAAUACAUUUGUUUUUGUAAAAGAUCAUUCUCAAGAGAUGUUAUAUUCAUCCAGAUAUUGCAAAAAUACAGUAUAUCCCAUUGUCUCUUUCACAAUGGUUUAGUUUGGCUGUGCAAAGAACGAAUGAGCGAUGCACAAAAAUAGUCCCUCAAAAAAUGUACAGACAUUAAAAGCAAUAAAUAAAUUUGUUCCAAGCAAACAAAAUGCAAUAAUAUAUAUCUGACAAAAGGUUUUGUUUCACAUUUCCAAUGGUGUGUUAUUGUUUCCAGUACCAGCAAUCUAUUAAAACACACCUUAAUGGAAAAAUGUGGAAGCAGAUGAAGAUUAAAUUAAACUGAAACUUAGACUGUUGCUUCAGAGCACAUUUAAGCAGACCUGGCUUUGAGUUGAUAUCCAAAUAGGUCUUCAAUCCAUAAGACCAAGUCUGUAUUACUGGAAAACUGUGAUCUAAUUUAUUAAAUAUGCCUGUUUGUGCAUUUAAAGAGGCAUCUUUUGAGAUUAUGUAAAAAUAGAAGAAAGCACUUUUAAAAAGUGGCAACAGUGUCAAGCUAAAGAUUUGUAAUUACUGCUGGCAGUUUUUCUUUCCCCCAUAGGACAAUAACUGUAUGAUGAAUUUGCCUGCUCUCUGAGUGAAAAGGCACCUUCAGUAGUUGGCUCCUACAACAGGUAAAUAAGAAAAAGAUACAUGGGAUUUUUUUUUUCCACAAAUGGUACACAUGUCCUGGUGAUACUGUCACAGGUUUACAGUUUCCCCCCCCCCCCCGUGUAAUUUUACUUUUACUAUGUUAGAGGAAAGAAAAUUGUUUUAAAAUGUAUUGCUUUCAGCAAACUAUGGUUUGAAGAGUCUCAUUGUUGCUCUAACCAUGUUCAAAUCUCAACCUUUAAGUAGAACACUGCAAAAUCCCAAUAAAUUUUGGAUAUGCACUUAAGUUGUCCUUAUACAUUUUUUAUAUACCUGUUUUUUUUUAAUGGUUUUUAGCAUUGGAAGCUGGUUUACACUUUAUGGGAUUACAGUUGUUUUUCCUCCAGUUGUCAGUGCCAAUACUUUUUUUUAUUUUUUUUUUUAUUUCAUAUGUGCUCAAACAGAAUAACUAUUUUUACUCAAAUCCUUCAAGCGUAUCAGAGUACCGCAUUUAAAAAUGUCUGUUUGACUGCAAAAAGAAAAAAACAAACAAAACAUUUGGCCACUAAACUUUUGGCAAUAGAGCUGCUGCACAAAGAAAUCAUCAGAAGCAAAUUACAUAGAUUCCUGCAGGUAUUCUGUGUUUUUGAAUCUCUGACAGAACUGGAUGGUAGUAGAAACUCCUGUACAGUUUGUGAUUAUCGCACAGACAAGAAGACAAAUGAUGGAGAAAAAAAAAAAA